GAGAAACAUGCUGUCUGCUCUGCUGGUCGGACUCUUCACAGUCCUGGUCUACGUCUUCGUAUCUGCCAGGAGGAAAAGACGAAACUUACCCCCGGGGCCGACUCCAUUGCCUAUUAUCGGCAACCUGCACCAGAUCAAUAAAACCAGACCUUACGAAACUUUCACCGAGCUCGGGGAGAAGUAUGGAAGCGUCUACACAAUCUACAUGGGUAGGAAACCGGUGGUGGUUCUGUAUGGCUACGAUACACUGAAGGAGGCCCUGCUGGGACAGGCUGAUGAUUUUAGCGGGAGGGACGUUUCGCCGGUUUUUCAAAAGAUUGCCCGGCACAAAGGUAUGGUCUUUUCUAACGGACCUGAGUGGAAACACCACCGAAAGUUUGCUGUGACCACCCUGCGGACCUUUGGGUUGGGUAGGAGAAGCAUUGAAGAAAGAGUGCUUGAGGAGGCCAAGUUUCUGGUGGAGCUCUUCAAGGAGCGCAAUGGGAAACCUUUUAAUCCAGGUCCUGAGGUGACAGCUGCAGUUUCCAAUGCGAUCUGCUCCAUCGUGUUCGGAGAUCGGUUCGAUACACAAGAUAAAACCUUCCAGACCUUGCAUAACAUGAUCAACGAGAACCUAUCCUUCCUGGGGAAAAGGGGAUUUCAGCUUUACAAUGCAUUUCCUGAGAUUCUAAAAUGGCUUCCUGGAGAACACAACAAGAUCUUCCAGAAUGCCACCAUGCUGCAGACGUUCCUCAGAGGUCUCAUUGAAAAGCACGUUCUGACCCGUGACACCAACUGCCCCAGAGAUUUUGUGGACUCUUUCUUGAAUAAAAUAGACGAGGAAGCCAAAAACCAAAAUCCGCACUUUACACUGGAAAGUUUCACCAUGACCACCUUCAAUCUGUUUAUUGCCGGGACCGGAACUACUGCCUCAACCAUCCGCUGGGCCAUUAAGUUUAUGUUGGAAUAUCCAGAAAUCCAGAAAAAGGUGCAGGAUGAAAUAGAUCUCGUGAUCGGAUCGGAGAGAUGGCCUUCCCUGGAGCACCGCGUGUCUCUGCCAUAUACCGAUGCUGUGCUCCAUGAGGUGCAGCGAUAUGCAAGCAUUAUUCCUAAUGGCCUUCCCCAUGCUGCCUUGAGUGAUAUCAAAUUUAAAGAUUACACAAUCCCAAAGGAUACGACAAUUAUCACAUUUUUACACUCCGCUCUGUAUGACAAAAAAUAUUGGGAUAAACCCGAUGAAUUCAACCCCGACCGCUUCCUGGAUGAGAAUGGGAGGUUUGUGAAGAAUGAAGCUUUCAUACCGUUCGGAGCAGGUAAAAGGGUGUGUAUUGGCGAAUCUUUGGCCAAAACGGAGCUCUUCAUCUAUAUGGUCAGUUUCCUGCAGAAGUUCAACCUAAAAUUUCCUCCAGGGGAACGAGGACCGAUCGGGUUAAUGCCGGGGGGGACCCGCGAUCCGGAGACCUUUAAUAUCUGUGCAGAAUGGCGCCUUUGAGCAACAAGCAAUGAACAAUGCGUUUUAUUAUCUGUUCAUGUCAUGUUGGGUUGGGUUGGCCUCCAAAAAUAACCUUUGGCCUGGUGCUGGGGAUCUAAGGCAGUGUUCACACGGAUGAAUUUCCGAACGUAAUUCCGCUUAGAAAUGAGAGUCCUAUCAAUGGGAUUCCGCUGCACAGUCCACACUACGGAAUGUCAGUGGCGGAAAUUCUGCCACCAAAAGGAUGAUCUUGGUCAUUCUUUAGACUGAAUACGUUGCAGUCUAUGGUGACGGCAUAGACUGCGCAAUUCUAGCACUGACUAAAUCAUUCCAGCCAUAGAUUUCUCAAUAUGAACACAGCCUAAGACCAAGG